CUGCUUCCAUCUCUGGUCAGCUUCCCAGGACGAUAGCAAACACAACUUCUACCCAUUAAUGAUGGAUAACAAGCCAGAGGAAUGUUCAGUGUGUUAUAAUGAUUAUGAUGACAAUCAGCUACGGCCUCGCAAUCUGCAGUGUGGCCACACAUUCUGCUCCCAGUGUAUUGACAAUGCAAUUAAGAAUAGUCAGCUGUCCUGCCCCAGCUGCCGUGCCGAGCACGCUGCCACAGCUGCUACUCAGUUCCCAAUUAGCUAUGCUGUGGAGGCUUUUGUUAGGAAACUCAAAAAUAUCCAGCUAACAACUGAGGAAGUAGUGCCAGCAAAACCUUAUGAAGGUCCCGCCAGAGGCAUCAGUAAGAAGUUACGUUCCCUGGUGCAGGAGCAGAAGAGCAUCAUCAGCAGCCUCAUUACUAGCUGUGAAGAGGUACUGUCCCAGCUGGGGAAGUACCGGGGCCAGUUGGGGGACUGGAAGACUCACCACCUCCAGCUCCAGGACAGACUCUAUGCUCUGGUAGAGCAGAACAAGUCAGCAAUGAAGCUCUUGGAACUGGAGGAUACCAAUGUGGUGGAUAUGACAACACAAGGAGAGAAAGGGAAGACUCAGCUGCAGGCCAUGUUGGGAAGCCUCGACACAGUCAACACCCUAAUGGUGGUUGACACAACCAUAGGCACAGCUGAUGAGUGCAGCAUGAAGAUAGAAGAUUGGCUCCAGAAGUGCCAGGAACUCUUCCCUAAUGUCAAGACUGUCCACACCUCAGUGAAGGUGCAGGAGACCAUCAGGGAGGCCCUGGAGAUGAUGGCCAUAGAGACAGGUGCCACAACGCCUAGGCUCCAGUCGCCCGCUGGGUACUCCGUUCCUCGCGUUGUUCCCAGUGUUCCAGAAGCAUCACCAGUCCAUAGGUGUGAAGAUCCUCGGCAUCUCCGUGCUCAUUCCCUGAGUGAUGUUCCUGGGCGUUGGCUCAUCCAUUCGUCACUGCAUGCGUCGUUCCCUCAAGCAUUCCUUCACCGAGACCACACUCAAGGAUCAGGAUGCACUUUCUCCCUUCUGAGUUCCUAG